AUGCCAAAUGUUAGUAAAUCUACAAUAAUAAAUUAAUUAAUAUAAACAACUCCAAAUUAAAUAAAAGAAAAAUAAUAGUAAAAUCAAUAGCUAUUCUUUGUACGACAAAAAUUUAACAAGAAUUAAUAAAUAUGUGAUAAACAUUUAGUAAAUUUGGUGAAUAAUCUUUAUUUAAUUAUUCCAAAUAUUACAAAGGAACAACAACGACUUAAGUAGUAAAGAAUAAUAAGGAAUCUUUGAUUAUUGGUUGGAUGCAAUAAAGAUACAAUUUUUAACAAUUUUAGACUAUUUAGUAAGAGAGAUAGAUUAAAAAUUGAUGAAAAAAGUAUUAUAAAUGUUAUUUUCUAAAUAAAAGACCUAAAAAGACUUUAAGAGAAAGAGAUAAUCAUUAUAAUUAUGAGAAUACAAUUGAUUUUCUAUUAAAUUGAUUCAGGAUUGGAUUGGAAAAUUAGGAAAUAUUACUUGAGGUAGUAUAGAAUUAUUAAAUUGAGUAUUCUAGAACAUUUAUUUAAGGAAAUAAAUCCUAAAAUUAAAUGCAUAUAAAUAAAUUUAUUCCGAAUGUCAUUCUAUCCAGGAUUCUUCCCAUAAUACUCAUAACCACUUGCAGCAUCCUUUGCAGCACCUGUUGCUUAUCCUUAAGCAUCAAUUGUUAGACCUGUUGCAACAACCCCCAUUUAUACAUCUCCAGCACCUAUUUAUACAGCUCCUGCUCCAGUUGUCACUCAAUCAGUUGUCUAACCAGUGGUUUAAUCAGUUGUGCAACCAGUUGUUGCUGCUUAACCAACAAUCAAGGGAGAAUCCAGAGUUGAAUAUAGAGAGUAUUAAAGACCAGUUGUUGAAUAUGAAACUGAGACCAUUGAGGUUAAAAAGCCAGUCACCAAAUAUGUUACAGAUUAUUACCCUGUAGAAUAUUAAACAGACUACAUUCCAAGAACAGUCUAUGAAACAUAAACAGAAUAUGUACCUGUAUAAAAAACAGUUCCAAGAGUUGAAUAUGAAGCAGUGGAGAGAGAGGUCUAAAGAGUUGUAAGAAGUAUUAGUGAAAUAUUUAGCCUGCUGCCCCUGUUUAAUAUGCUCCUGCUCCUUUGACAUAUUCAGUUGUUUAACCAGUCCAAUAAGUUGUCACCUAACCUGUAGCAUCAUAUGCGACUCCCUUAACAUAUUCUACAGUAAGACCAGCUUAUUAUGGUGGAUAUCCAUAUUAUUAUUGAU